AUGCCCAAGUCGCUUGCCAACUUUGGCCCCCAAGAACUCGAGACUGACAUCAGCGACAGCCCGCCUGGCCAGCGGGUUGAAAACUUCCUGUGCGCCGUGCUGGGACUGCUUCUCAACCGCAAGCAGGAUGUCAAGCCCGGCCACUACAUGCGCGCGUUGGAGGAUGCUAUCAGUAGCCACAAGAACCAGUGGCCUCGAGCGUGGGAAGGCAAGAGCCCAUUGUCUGGCGGCGUCACCUUCAACGACAUGAACAAUGUGCAGAGGCUCAAGAUACUUCGCGCUCUGAUCCUCUGGUCUCUCUCCGCCUCCGAAGCUAUCAAGGCCAUCAUAAUCAAGUCUUACAAACAGAAUCGUCACGAAGACGACAUGAACCAGCCACUCUCCGUCCAGCCGUGGGGCUCUGAUAGUGACAAGAGACGCUACUUUCUGGUCGAGGGCCUGGAUGACACGGCCUUCCGAGUCUAUCGCGAGGGCAACCCAGCAAGCUUCAACCGGGUUUGGAUCUCUGUUGCUGGGUCAAUCGAAGAGCUGAACGCACUGGCCGAGAAGCUACAGACGAAGGAUGGUGGCCCAAAAGCCAAGAAGCUAGCGCAACAGAUGCUUGCGGCCGUUCCCAGGUUCGAGGCUACAGAAGAGGUAAGCUACCAAGCGAGGCCGGCCAUCUCUUUUUCGGCUGCUGACGAGAACCAGAAACGCCGUAGACGCGAAUACCGCCAAGCGCAGAGGAAUCGUUUCAAGCGGCCUUCACCUGGCUUCUCUCUGUAUGAGGGGCGCACACGUGGCAAGCGCGUCAAGUACACUUACUCGGACGAGGAGGAUGGCUCAUUCACCGACUCUACGCGCCGAUCGACUCGUAAUACGGGUACACACACGCCUACCGAGCUUGCGGGUCCCCUGACGACUGCGAGCGGCCGCCAAGUACGGGCGCCGAAUCGUCUGGAGGCUGAGGGCACUAGCAGUGCCGCGCCUAGUGUGCAAGGAGACGAUCCGGAAGACGGCGGCGUCAACGCCAAUGGCAGACCCCGGCGAUCGGCGGCAGUCAACUAUGCUGGUAAUGGCAGGGCCCGGGGCAGCAGGUCCCGAGGCUACUCAGCCGAUGAGACGGACGAUGAGGGGGAUCUCGUCGAGCCUGACCUUGGCGACGACGAGGAAGAGGCAGAUGACCAUCAGCCAGAGGAAAGCGAAGAGGACGACGAUGACCAUGUCGACGAGGACGAGGCCAUGGUGGAAGAUGAUCUCGAAGACCGGCCGCGACAGGAGCUAAUAGUGGAGCUCAAGGUCAAGCGACCAAACCCUAAAGAUGGCGCAACGGCGACAAAUCUGACGCCUUCUCCCGAAGGCAAGGAAGAAGUUCGACAUGAGAAGCCCGAUGACCAGAAGGUCCCGACCCCGAAGAGCCUGCAGACAGAACGCACACCGGAACCUGAGAUUGUGGCUCUGCCAGGUCCCACAUCCCUGGCUUUUAGGGGAAGCCCGGAGAAGAGCCUGUGA